CGAGCGCUCCCAAUAUGGCGGAGGCUUCCUUUGGGAGUUCGAGCCCAGGUUUGUCCUGUUCAGUUCCUUCUUCUGUGAUUCCGGCAGUGGGAAGCUUUUGGAAGUAAUUCCACCUGAUUGGACUGAUAAGGUCCCCAAGAUGGCUCACGACAGUAAGCACAGCCCUUGUUGGUUCUUUGUCUUCUGAGGAUCAUGACUUUGACCCUACUGCUGAAAUGUUGGUACAUGAUUAUGAUGAUGAAAGAACUCUGGAAGAGGAAGAAAUGAUGGAUGAAGGCAAAAAUUUCAGUUCUGAGAUUGAAGACUUAGAAAAGGAAGGAAGUAUGCCAUUAGAAGAUUUGCUAGCAUUCUAUGGCUAUGAAUCUGCUAUUCCUGUUAUAGCAAGUUCCAGCGCAGAUAGUUCCCCAAGCGAACUUGCAGAUGAGCUUCCAGACAUGACUUUGGAUAAAGAAGAAAUAGCCAAAGAUCUUUUGUCAGGAGAUGAUGAAGAAACACAGUCUUCUGCUGAUGAUUUGACACCAUCAGUUACUUCACAUGAAACAACAGAUUUUUUUCCUCGACCGUUAAGAUCAAACACUACUUGUGAUGGUGAUAAAGAAUCUGAUGGUGAAGAUGUGGAAGUAGAUACUGGUAAUUCAUCUGAAGAUUUGCGAAAGGAAAUAAUGAUUGGUUCACAAUACCAGGCUGAAAUACCACCUUUCUUAGGCAAAAGUUGCAAUGAUGAAAAAGCAUAUGAAAAUGAGGACCAGCUACUUUGGCAACCUGAUAUUAUUUCAGAAAAUAAAGUUAAAGAGUACCUUUUUGAAACUUCUGUAAGAACUGGAAAUGAAAAAAUAAUUGGCAGAAUUCCUGAUGGAGUGCAUACCCGGGACAAUGAACAAGCACUCUAUGAACUCUUCAAGUGUGACCACAAUCUAAAGGAAGCUGUUGAGAAAUACUGUUCAAAUGGAAAGACAUCACAGGAUAUGACAGCUUGGACAGAAGAAGAAUGUAGAAACUUUGAACAUGCACUUCUAAUAUAUGGGAAAGAUUUUCAUCUUAUACAAAAAAAUAAGGUGAGGACCAGGACAGUUGCUGAAUGUGUAGCAUUUUAUUACAUGUGGAAGAAAUCUGAACGAUAUGAUUACUUUGCUCAACAAACAAGAUUUGGAAAAAAGAGGUACAACCACCAUCCUGGAGUCACGGACUAUAUGGAUCGGUUGGUAGAUGAAGCAGAAGCUUUAGGUGGUGCCGUUUCUUCAGCCAUAAUGUCAAAUAAUAGACUAGAGCCCAUUCCUGAUCAACAACUAAGCCUCCUGAAUUCGAUCACUGCCAAUGAUUUGACAGGUAAAUUAAAAGCACUGACCAACAGCGUAGCUACAGUCUGCCAUUCUACAGAUGUGAACUCAGAAGACGCCUUCCCUUCUCUGGACAGUUUGCCCCGAACAGCAGUUAAUCAUGUGCCUGUCGUAACAGAAGAUUUGCUUAACUUACCUAGUAAUGGUGAAAGUGAUUGUUUUAAUUUAUUUGAAACUGGAUUUUAUCAUUCUGAAUUAAACACCAUGAACAUGUGCAGUGAAGAAUCUGAAAGGCCUGCCAAGAGAUUGAAAAUGGGAAUUGCAGUCCCGGAGUCCUUCAUGAAUGAAGUUUCAGUGAACAACUUGGCUGUUGAUUUUGAGAAUCAUACACAUCAUAUUACCAGUGCCAAAAUGGCGGUCUCGGUAGCUGACUUCAGCAGUCUAUCGGCAAAUGAGACAAAUGGUUUUAUCAGUGCCCAUGCGUUACAUCAGCACACUGCCCUCCAUUCAGAAUGAAUUCAAGCAGCAAAUUAAAGACUGAACACUGUUGGCAGUUUGUGGUAAACUUGAUGAGUUGAUCAGGUUUGCUUAGUCUUUCACUGGAAGUUUGAACUAUAUGACAUCAGUGAUGUCUUUAUGUACAGAACUAUAUCUUGAUUUAUCAAGAAUAAUUUCACUUUUUUUUCCAAUCCAUAAAUGUGGAAACUUCAUAUAAUAUCUAGCAGAGUUCGGGACUAAGAGAACUAUGUGAUGCAGCUUUAAACUCUGCUUCCUUUCUUUUUAAAACCGUAGAGAGACUGCUGUCUCAAAACCAGCACAGAAGUUCUGAACUUAAUAGAAUGGGUUUUUGUUCUAGGUUGCUUCUGCCCUAAUGGAUGCAGUGGAAUAACAUUUGUUUACAGGUACAAGUUCUGAUCCUUGCUUAAUGUAGCAUUUUAAAAUAAAUCAAAAGCAGGGAAACAUUUCUUUAAUUUAAACUGCACAACUACACAAGGAUAUUUUAAAAUGGAAGCUUCUGUCAUCUGAUAUUAAACCAGAGCACUUCAGUUUACAAAACAACAGAUUCAUCUUGGUGGAUACUAGCACAAAAGACAGUAAGAGCAAAGUCUGAGGAGAAGCUUAGAUGCUCUUACAGGCCACGGCUACCUUAUACAAAAAUAGUUAUACUGUCCAAAGGUUUUGUGUACUUUUAACAUAUUGGCUGAAAAAAUGUGUAUUGUUCGAGCUGGGGUGGAGGAUAUCUAUAUUUCUGAGGAAUAGAAUCUGAAAACAUCAAGUAUUAUCUAACACUGCUUAAAGCCACUAAGAAUGAUACAAUUUCCUCAUUCCUCUAAUGAAUUACAUCUUGGGGUUUGUCUUUACUUCAGAACAUGGCAGUUCAAAAUAGCAUGAAAAAUUAUAGAUUAAUAGAUGGUGAUGAUGCAAUGGGUCUUUGAAUCAUUUUCAGCCAUUAGUGUAGUUUUCUUCCUGAAUUUAUUCAGACUUAAGUAUAUUAAUAUUCCAGAGAGAAAUCUUUGACAAGAUUGUUCUGUGUUGAAGGAUUUGUGAAAGUUCACUAAAACUGAUAAUCAAUUAUAAAACUUGCCAAUGUUAUAUUUAAUUUUGUUACAACUGAUUUUAAGGUUUUUUUUCAGUACUGAUAGUAAAUUGCUUCAUAGUUGUAUAUCAAAAAAGGACACCUUGGUUAAUAAUUCAAAAGGAGUGUACUUUAUAUUUCUACAGACUGUAUCAGCAUCUUGAGCAACAGCAGAGUGCUGGGAAUCACUAUCAAAAGUUUUGAGUUUCUCAAAUAGCACAUUUUAACCAUUCUAAGAAUUAAAUUACCACAUAUAUAUGUUAAUGGUGAUAUGUUGUAAAAUAUACAUCUGAAACUUGUCAGUCUAAUACAGUACACAAUAAUGGUAGCCUUGGCCCUGGGUCAUAUUCUGAUACUUUCAGUCAAAUUGUCAGCUUCCUGUUGCUGUAAUUUGUGCUGAAUGCUGUAUCUUGUGGGGGUUUUCUCUUACUCAACACAUCUUAUUUAAUUUUGUAAAAUACUGGCCGUAUUUUUUCCUUUUGUUAUACAUUCAUUGUAUGGGUUUUUCCAGUGGCUGGUUUGUAUAAAAAUCAUCACACAAAAUGUAUGAAUGCUUAUACCAGUUGCACUUAAAUGAACACACCCAUUCUCAUCAACUGAUGCAGUACUAUAUGUUCAGUUUAUCUAUGCAUUGCUGGGGUCUUAAUGAAGACCGAGACAGUCUAGUUUCUCGUCUAAAGUUUUGAUUGUCAGCAAGUUAAAUGGACACUUUAGUUAUUUAAUAAAGACUUUUGACCAAAAUUCUAAAAAUGGUAUGAGAGAACAAUGAAUUCUGGCUAGUUUUAAUAGAUUUUUAAUUGCUGAUCUAAUUUAGCCUAUUGGCUAGCUAGCUGAUAAUGUUUACUUUUAAUUCCUUGUUAAAAAUGAGGCAAUAAUUUGCAAGAUUAUGUAAAUAUGUACAUUCUGCAUAUCUUUUUAGAUAUCUAUUUCAAUAUUUUCUGACUACUUCUGUGUAUAGUAACAUUUUGUGCAUGCUUGAUGUGACAUUCAUAAAUUUGUACCACUAUGACUUUAUUCAUGUAAAA